UAGAGAACUGCUGAAGUGGCUGCAGGAAUCUUGACAAAAGAGCUUCUCAGCCUCCAAACGUGACUGAUGUCAGACCAACUGACACCACUGCCUGCUCCAGAGACAAUUGAAUUCGAUGUUGAUGGAGGAAUUGAUCAAGACAUCUUUGACAUCAAUGGAGCUUUAGGACUAGACCUUUUUGAGGGAGACAUCAAGCUUGAUGGGGUGAGUUCAAGGAAUGCCAUCAUUGGUGACAACUAUCGGUGGCCCCAUGUUGUCCCCUACGUCCUGGAAGAUAGCCUGGAAAUGAAUGCCAAGGGACUCAUCCUGAAGGCAUUUGAACAGUAUCGGCUGAAAACCUGCAUUGACUUCAAACCUUGGGAAGGGGAGAAGAACUACAUCUCUGUGUUCAAGGGAAGUGGAUGCUGGUCCUCAGUGGGAAACCGCCAACACGGGCUGCAGCAGCUUUCCAUCGGAGCCAACUGUGACAGGAUUGGGACGAUCCAGCACGAGUUCCUGCAUGCCCUGGGAUUCUGGCAUGAGCAGUCACGGUCUGACCGGGAUGAUUAUGUGUCCAUCGUCUGGGACAGGAUUCAGACUGGUAGAGAACACAAUUUUGAAAAAUAUAAUGACUCCACAUCAGACUUCCUGAAUGUUCCCUAUGACUACACUUCUGUGAUGCACUACAGCCAAACUGCCUUCAAGAAUGGCACUGAACCCACCAUUGUCACCAAAAUACCAGACUUCAUGGACAUCAUAGGCCAGCGGAUGGACUUCAGUGACUAUGAUCUCCAGAAGCUGAACAGGCUCUACAACUGCUCCUCCUCCCUCAGUUUCAUGGACACGUGCAGUUUUGAACUUGAAAACAUAUGUGGCAUGAUUCAAAGUUCAGAUGAUAACAGCGACUGGCAGCGUUUGUCUCAGGUUCCUGCUGGGCCAACUACUGACCACACCAACAUGGGUGAAUGUGAAGCUUCUGGCUACUUCAUGCAUUUCAGCACCAGUGCUGGAGGAGAGGGGAGCACAGCUACCCUGGAGAGCCGUAUUCUGUACCCCAAGAGGGGCUUCCAGUGCUUGCAGUUCUAUUUCUACAACAGCGGGCACGAAAGCGACCGGCUGUCUGUCUGGGUCAGGGAGUACACUUCAGCCCAUCCAAAUGGCACUUUGAGACUCAUUGAAGAGAUAGAAGAUUCACCUGCAAAUUACUGGCAGCUCCAUCAUGUUUCUUUGAAUGUCACAAGUAAAUUCCGGGUUGUGUUUCAAGGUGUGAAAGGAAAUGGCUCAUCAAGCGGAGGCCUCUCCAUUGAUGACAUCAACUUGUCUGAAACUCAGUGUCCUCACCACGUCUGGCACAUCAGGAAUUUCACACACCUCCUCGACACGAGCCCAGCAGGGCAAGAGGGAAAAAUAUACAGUCCACCUUUUUACUCUAAUGAAGGAUAUGCCUUUCAGGUCAGCUUGUAUGUAAAUGGUACCACUGGCAGCCCAUUUAACUUGGCAAUUUAUUGGCACUUGAUUUCUGGAGCAAAUGAUGAUCACCUGCAAUGGCCCUGUGCGUGGCAACAAGGUACCAUGGUUCUGCUCGACCAGCAUCCUGAUAUUCGUCAGAGGAUGUCGAACCAAAGGAGCAUAACAACAGACCCCCUGAAAUUAGAUGACUCAUCAAAUUAUUUUUGGGGUAGGCCAGAUGAAGUGGGAUCCACAGCAACUUUCUCCAAUGGAACUACUUUCAAGAGAGGUCCAGGAAGUGGAACCAGUGCAUUUUUAACCCACCAGAGACUUAGAAGCCGUGACUUUAUUAAAGAUGACAGCAUUUAUAUUCUUUUGACAAUGGAAGAUAUAUCACAUCUACUAUCAACUCAGCCAAGUGCUUCACCAACUCCAGAGGUGGAUGGUCCAGAUAUCUGUCCAGAAAACCCUUGUGAGAAUGAUGGUGUCUGUGUUGUUGUAGACAGAGCACCAGUGUGCAGGUGCCCAGCAGGUGACAACUGGUGGUACAUGGGAGAAAAGUGUGAAAGGAAAGGCUCAAGUCAGGAAACCACUGUAAUAGCUGUUUCUUCAACCAUAGCUGUGUUUGUUGUGAUGCUUAUUGUCACUGUCACAACUGCAGUGUGCCUCAAAAAGAAAUACAGGAAAGGACGUGAGGAGAAACUGACUCUGGAAGAUUUGAAGAAAACAUCCUUCUGAAGGCAAUGCAAGCAAGCACCAAGGGCACGAGAAGAGCAUCACUGGAAAACCACAACUGCAUCAUCGUUCUCUCUGUUAUUUGUAUCUCAAACAUGGUGGCAAAGGUUUGUUAAGUCUGGCAAAUCAUUCCUCA